ACCCGACCCGUUCAUCAAUACCAGGUUGCAACACCACCGGGCUUCUCCUCGCCUCUGAGAAAAAAACAACUAGGGUUUUAGAAAAAAUUUCCUUCAAACCAAACAACACACGAUGGAAGUCGCCGGCGCUCGAAACCACGCCCCCAAACGCAAGCGAGCCUCCGCCGCCGACGAGGAUGACGAUUCAUUCCUCGCACCACCACCACCCACCGCCCGCUACGACAACGGCGUCGACCUCGCUCUCCUCGAAGCCGUCGAGAAAUCCCACAACGCCGUCGAAGUCCUCGACCUGAAAACCCUAAAAAAACACGUCCUCUCCUUCGAGCGACGCCUCAAGGACAAUAUCGAAGCCCGCCUCAAGUACCCCGACCAGCCCGAAAAGUUCGCCGACUCCGAAAUCGAGCUCCACGAAGAGAUCCAGAAGCUCAAAAUCCUCGCCGGCGGCCCCGAACUAUACCCCGAACUCGUCAAUCUCAACGCCAUUCCCUCAAUUCUCGGCCUCCUCACUCACGACAACACCGACAUCGCCGUCGACGUGGUCGGCUUGCUCCAGGACUUGACCGACGAGGACGUGUUGGAGGACAACGACGAGCCAGCUCAAGUCCUCGUCGACGCUCUCGUCGAAAACAACGUCUUGGAAUUGCUUGUUCAGAAUUUGCUCAGAUUGUCCGAGACCGAUCCGGAUGAGAUGGCUGCUGUGUACGUCACGCUCGCGACGAUCGAGAAUUUGAUAGAGGUGAAGCCUGCGGUGGCCGAGAUGGUGUGCGAGAGGACCAAAUUGAUGAGAUGGUUACUAAGCAAAAUCAAAAUUAGAGAGUUUGAUGGUAAUAAACAGUAUGCUUCGGAGAUUCUGGCCAUUUUGUUGCAGAAUAGUACCGCGAAUCAGAAGAGAUUAGGGCAGAUAAAUGGAGUUGAUGUGGUUUUGCAGGCGGUGGCGAUGUAUAAAUCGAGGGAUCCCAAGACGCAGGACGAGGAGGAGAUGGUGGAGAAUUUGUUUGAUUGCUUGUGUUGUUUGUUGAUGCCUUUGGAGAAUAAGGAGAGGUUUGUGAAGGCUGAAGGAGUGGAAUUGAUGAUCAUUGUCAUGAAUUCGAAGAAAUCGUGUUAUGGGUCUGCAAUUAGGGCACUUGAUUUUGCAAUGACGAAUUAUCCACCGGCUUGCGAACGAUUCGUGGACGUGAUGGGGUUGAAGACUGCAUUUCCUGCUUUCAUGGGUAAGAUUCCUAUAAACAAGAAGAAUAAGAAAAAAGGCUACAAAGAGGAGUUGGAAGAGCGCCUUGUAUCGCUAAUUGCAUCAUUAUUUGGUGGAAUUUUGAGGGGUUCUAGAAGGGAAAGAUUGUUUAGUAAAUUCGUGGAAAAUGAAUGUGAAAAGAUAGACCGGCUUAUGGAGCUCUAUAUGAGAUAUUCUAAUAGAGUAAAAUCAGAGACUGAGCGGCUGAACGAGCUUGAACUUGAUGAUUUAGAGAUGGAUGAAGACGAAAAGUACAAUCGAAGGCUAGAAUCUGGACUUUACACUCUUCAGUUGAUUGCUGUUAUUUUGGGUCAUCUUUGGACCUCUGAGCACCCAAAAAUGAGAACAAGAAUUGAACUACUACUGAAGCAGAAUAAACUCACCAAGAACAAUGUUAAGGAUAUACUUCAGGAAUAUCACGACAACAUUGGUGAUCUGGAUGGGCCAGAAGAGAAGGAUAGGGCGCAGACAAAGAUCCAAAAAUUCAUCUCAGCCUUUUGAGCCUUUUUGAUAAUUGUUAAUCAAUUUGUAGUUCAAGAAACAAUGGGCUUGUUUGGUUUGUAUUUGAGAAACAUAUUUUGAGAUAAAAAGUACGAAAAUUUGUUUGGUUU